AUGUCCUACUCCGUUCGCAGUGAGGUGACGCAAGACGCGAAUCGAGCACGAAUCGUCUUCACAUGCGAUUCUGGUCGACGGAAGGGGUCAGUCCGUCGUCAUGGCUUUGAAAGAGGCGGCGUUCCUGCAGGGAGGGGGGUGGGGGGUGCGAUGGGGAGUCGGGACGGGGAUUCUAUGCGAAAUGUCCACGGUGGCCGUGGACUAACAAACAAUAUGUCUGGCACGUGCUGCGCUUCGGGGGAAUCUGCUGCUGCUGCAGCUGCGGCUGCUACCGAUUCUGCCGAUGAUGCAGCGAAAUCGCAUCGGGCGUUAGCUUGCACAACGUACACGACCCGCGCGGGCAGGGAGGGAGCUCGCGCUCGAAGAGAACAUUUUACGUGGUCGAAGGGCUUCACGGCCCCGGUCCCGGUCCCGGUCGCCGGGUGGUGGAGUGCGGAAGAGAACGGCGCUCCAAGCGCGUGGGACAUGGGCGCAGCACAACGAAGGCGGAUACGUGACCGGCCGGACCGGGCCUCGGAUGAGACUGACUGUGUCGGGUUGCCCUUCCCGCCGGUCGUCUCCGGUGUCCGGAGUUGGGUCAGAGAUGGCUCUGGCCCAUGCACGCAGCUCUCGGCGCAUCAUCCACGACGACGGAGACCGGACUCUGGGGCAACAGAGUGGAUUGCGCACCGUGCGGUCCUUGGGCUGGGCCGCAGUCAGACUGACGGGCGACGGACGGAGGAUGGGACGGAGUCAGAGGAGGGGUCCGAGAGUCCGAGAGUCCGAGGUGAGGUAAGAAGCGGAAGCUCAUGGAAACUUGGUGGCGCGGAAGGAAGGAAGGGGAAGGAAGGAAGGAAAGGUGCCGAGGGCAGAGAUGGAGCAGCAGCGCAAGGAGGGGGAGGAGUGGGAGGGGAGGGGGAGAAGGUGAAGGACGGGGAGCGCAGCGAGGGGAGGGUGUUUUUGGCUGCCGAGGCGUCCCGAGCUGUCCCCUUGGUUGAUGAAGGGAGACAAAGCAUUGCCCAGCGACGCAAGGGGCGAAGGAAGGAAGGAAGGAAGGAAUGGAGGGGAUUCUGUCGAGGCAUCGAAACAGCGUUCGGGGGAAAUUCGGCAGCGUGUCCGCAGUGA